CGGGCGUGGUGCGCGGGCCCGGUUUCCCGCCGGCUCUACCCGGUGUGGUGCGCAGGCGCAGUCUGCGCGGGGACUGGCGGGACUGCGCGGCGGCGACUACAGACAUGUCGGGGGUCCGGGGCCUGUGGCGGAUGCUGAGCGCUCGGCGCCUGGUGCGGGUCAAGGCGUGGCCAACAGUGUUGCAAACGGGAACCCGAGGUUUUCACUUCACUGUUGGGAACAAGAGGGCAUCUGCUAAAGUUUCAGAUUCCAUUUCUGCUCAGUAUCCAGUAGUGGACCAUGAAUUCGACGCAGUGGUGGUAGGCGCUGGAGGGGCAGGCUUGCCAGCUGCAUUUGGCCUUUCUGAGGCAGGGUUUAAUACAGCGUGUGUUACAAAGCUGUUUCCUACCAGGUCACACACUGUUGCGGUGCAGGGAGGAAUCAAUGCUGCUCUGGGGAACGUGGAGGAGGACAACUGAAGGUGGCAUUUCUACGACACCGUGAAGGGCUCCGACUGGCUGGGGGACCAGGAUGCCAUCCACUACAUGGUGGAGCAGGCCCCCGCUGCCGUGGUCGAGCUAGAAAAUUAUGGCUUGCCAUUUAGCAGAACUGAAGAUGGGAAGAUUUAUCAGCGUGCAUUUGGUGGACAGAGCCUCAAGUCUGGAAAGGGUGGGCAGGCCCGUCGGUGCUGCUGUGUGGCUGAUCGGACCGGCCACUCAAUAUUGCACACCUUAUACAGGAGGCCUCUGCUGCAGCUGUCAGCCUUGUCCGUGCUUUUUGUUAUCCAGACUUUCCACUGCACACGUGGUGCUGGUUGUCUCAUUACGGAAGGAUGUCGUGGAGAGGGAGGCAUUCUCAUUAACAGUCAAGGCGAAAGGUUUAUGGAGCGAUACGCCCCUGUCGCGAAGGACCUGGCGUCUAGAGAUGUGGUGUCUCGGUCGAUGACUCUGGAGAUCCGCGAAGGAAGAGGCUGUGGCCCUGAGGAAGAUCACGUCUACCUGCAGCUGCACCAUCUACCUCCAGAGCAGCUGGCCACGCGCCUGCGCGGCAUUUCAGAGACAGCCGUGAUCUUCAUUGGCGUGGACGUCAUGAAGGAGCCAAUCCCUGUCCUCCCCACCGUGCAUUAUAACAUGGAUGGCAUUCCCACCAGCUACAAGGGGCAGGUCCUGAGGCAUGUGAAUGGCCAGGAUCAGAUUGUGCCCGGCCUGUACACCUGUGGGGAGGCCACCUGUGCCUCGGUACAUGGUGCCAACCGCCUCGGGGCAAACUCGCUGUUGGACCUGGUUGUUGGUCAGGCAUGUGCCCUGAGCAUCGAAAAGUCAUGCAGGCCUGGAGAUAAAGUCCCUCCAAUUAAACCAAAUGCUGGGGAAGAAUCUGUCAUGAAUCUUGACAAAUUGAGAUUUGCUGAUGGAAGCAUAAGAACAUCGGAACUGCGACUCAGCAUGCAGAAGUCAGUGCAAAAUCAUGCUGCUGUGUUCCGUGUGGGAAGCGUGUUGCAAGAAGGUUGUGGGAAAAUCAAGCUCUGCAGAGACCUGAAGGACCUGAAGACGUUCAAUCGGGGAAUGGUGUGGAACACGGACCUGGUGGAGACCCUGGAGCUGCAGAACCUGAUGCUGUGUGCGCCGCAGACCAUCAGUGGAGCAGAGGCGUGGAAGGAGUCACGGGGCGCGCACGCCAGGGAAGACUACAAGGUGUGGAUUAAUGAGUGCGAUCACUCCAAGCCCAUCCAGGGGAAACAGAAGAAGCCCUUUGAGAAGCACUGGAGGAAGCACACCCUGUCCUAUUUGGACGUCAGCACUGGGAAGGUCAGUGUGGAGCUUGUUCUCACCACAGCCCAGCACCCACACGGCCCCACCCAGGUCUGCAGGCUGGCCUUGCUGAUGGUGAACGGGGAGGAGCAGGCCAGAUUUAAAUCAACUCCUGACAGAUUUGAGGCACCACUGAAAAAGGCACUCUGACGCAGUCAGGCUUCGGGCUGGAGACAGAACCCAGUGCCUGCAGGUGGUUCAGAGGAGCCUUAAGGAGGGGUUGCUCCGUGGUGUGGGCCAGAUGGAAGUCCCUGGGCAGGAGCAAGUGUCCAAGGCCUGGUGGCAGGGGAGGAGAUGAUUGUGGACCUAGCGAGAAAGUCAGCAUCUGUGGGGUGGGGACACAGCCACUACCAGAAACCAGUCCCAUGCCAAGAGAGCCCGGAAGAGACCCCUCCCCUCUCCUCCCAUGGGCUGGGCCAAGUGGAAGCGUCUGCAGGGGAGCUGAGGGGAUGUGGUGCAGCCCUUAGCAUCCCCUGGGCACUGAGCAAGCAGAGAAGGGCAGAAAUCGAGGAGGGGA